AAAUCAGUGAGUGAGUCAGUUGAUCGCCGUUCAUUGAGGAGGUAGCAGCGCAACAGUCGAAUGAAACAUUUCUGUUUCAUUCAUCGAAGCCAAGUGUACUUAGCGGUAAUUGUAAGUACUUAACUUACCCCAGUCGCAGCGGCAGCAGGAACGUCAAACGGCAGCAGGAUGAAUCAGCCCGUCAGUUGUUUACCAGUGACUGCCACGAAAAUGUCCAAGACGAAAAAAGUGCUCGAUGAUGCCCGUGAAAUCCAGAAUCGGGAGAUAGAUUUGGUGGAUAAAGGAAUCUCAACCUUCGAGGAACUGCCCGGAUUGCUUAAUAUGGGAUUUGUGACAAGGAUUACGCUGAGCCAUAACAAGCUGAAAACUGUUCCACCCGGCAUCGCUAAUUUGACCAAUCUAGAGAUUCUGAAUCUAUCCAAUAAUUUUUUGGAAGAGUUGCCCCUAUCGUUGUCGUCAAUGCCAAAGCUUCGGAUUCUCAAUUGCUCUAUCAAUCGCCUGAACACGCUACCCCGUGGCUUUGGCGCAUUUCCGGUACUGGAGGUGCUGGAUUUAUCGUACAACAAUUUAAGCGAGAAAGUGUUGCCUGGUAACUUCUUUAUGAUGGAUUCACUACGUGCUUUGUAUCUGGGCGACAAUGAUUUUGAGUUUCUACCACCUGAGAUAAGGAAUUUAAAAAAUCUUCAAAUUCUUGGUCUCCGUGACAACGAUCUUCUGGAGCUACCACGAGAGAUCGGCGAACUUACGCGUAUCCGUGAGCUUCACAUUCAGAACAAUCGUCUCACCGUGCUGCCACCGGAGAUAUCCAACCUGGAUCUGCAGUCGCAAAAGUCGGUUGUUAAGAUGGAGGAAAACCCAUGGGUUACUGCGAUUGCCGAGCAGUACCUGGUCGGCAUCAGUCACGUGCUUGAAUACAUUAAAACUGAGGCGUACAGGAUUUUAUACAAUCGUUACGUUUCGGCAGGAAAGUCCGGCAACGUGCCACCGAAAGUGGACAAGAGCAAGAAAGCAUCUAGAGCUCGUUCGUAAGAGCACCGGCUUCGAAAAAAUGUGUCUUAAUAGCAGAAAAUGUUAACGUAGUCUUCCCUCGUAUUUAUUUUUUUUGCAAUCCUUUAUUACUUGACUAAAAUAUUCAACGCGCACAAUAACAAAGCCAAAAUCAAAAGUGACUUACGAAAGAAAUUUUAAUGUAUUUUUUAACUUUUAUACUAAUGAAACAAUAAAAUAAUUAUG